UCACUUCAGUUUCCGGAAGUCCGGCGUGCCCGGGACCUUCGCGCGGGCUGGAACCAAGAUGGAGGAGUACGCGAGAGAGCCGUGCCCCUGGCGGAUUGUGGAUGACUGUGGUGGUGCCUUUACCAUGGGUACCAUAGGUGGCGGUAUCUUUCAAGCCUUCAAAGGUUUUCGAAAUUCUCCAGUGGGAGUAAACCACAGACUCCGAGGGAGUUUGACAGCUAUUAAAACCAGAGCGCCACAAUUGGGAGGUAGCUUUGCAGUUUGGGGAGGAUUGUUUUCCAUGAUUGACUGUAGUAUGGUUCAGAUAAGAGGCAAAGAAGAUCCGUGGAACUCCAUCACUAGUGGUGCCUUAACAGGAGCCAUCCUGGCAGCAAGAAAUGGACCGGUAGCUAUGGUUGGGUCGGCUGCAAUGGGAGGCAUUCUCCUAGCUUUAAUUGAAGGAGCUGGUAUCUUGUUGACAAGAUUUGCCUCUGCACAGUUCCCCAAUGGCCCUCAGUUUGCUGAAGACCACUCGCAGUUGCCUUCAAGCCAGUUACCGUCCUCACCCUUUGGAGACUACCGGCAGUAUCAGUAGGACUUCUUUCCCAGGAUUCCUGUCACUGGGUGGACUGCAGUUCAGUAGGAUUUCAGAAGAUCAAGUUACAGUCUGUUUAAAGCCCUAGGUGGGGCAGUGGUGGCCAAGCGGGCCACGAAGAGACAUUCACACAUUUUUCUAUUUAAAAGAGACUCAGAGGGGAGAAAAGAUACUAAGUUUAUUUAUUCACACUUGGGUUGCAUUUGUGAUCAAAAUAAAUGUCUAAUACCAUUUCAAGAGCGUACAUGUACAUGUGCUUAGAAGAUAAAGGACCAAAGGGCAAAUAACAGUGAAACUCGACCGUCAUUUCCUUCAGGACUUCUCCGCCUGGUGUCUUGUGUACAGUUAUUCAGACAAUAAAAGGUUCCUGGGACUGACA